CAUCUGAUAUGCGUUGGUGGUGGUGAAUCCAAGAAUUGUACACUUCGCCCCACCGUCAAACACAAACUUCUUCUCUCUCACUCGCUCCCUCACUUUCUCCAAAUUUUACUACUUUCACUUCACUCAAAAGUGUGAAGUGGCAAGUCAACUCAAACUAGAGUUCAAAUGACCAACUGCCAACUAAUGCUAAAAUGAUGCAGUGUUGAUUAACUUUCUAAAGGAGAAAAAUUGCUAUUGGUAAUUAUAAACGAAAAGUCUUGAAAUAAGUACAAAGUAUUAGAAAAUUAAGACAGAAGUUCUAAGCUAGAACUUUUUAAAUCUUCUGCUAGUGAAAGUUUGAAGCUUACAAGAAUACAUUGGAUUAUCGCCUCUAGUACAACAAUUAAUAUGUCCACUGGAACGGGUCCUUCACCAUCAAAUACGUCAAAUACGAACUCGACCCCCACUCCGUCGACGUCAACAAGAUCUCGUCUUCUUCUGUCGACUUCACCCCCGACUUCAUCUGCAGCUUCAACUUCGAUAACAAGUACUCCAAAAGCCAGUAGCCAGUUUUCAACUAUUGACGAAAAACUCUUUUCUAAAUAUUCGAAUACACUCGUCUCUGAAAGUAAUCGACGUAAAGCUGACGCUCUGGACCAUUUGAAGCGUUUGGCUGAGUUACGAAAAGAGACAGAAUUCUUGGAUCACACGGACUGGAUGUACGAACCUGUAGAAAAAUUGCUUGGAAAAUAAUUCGUAGUGCCGUUCAAAAUAAAUUGUGACAAUACAUGCAUAUGCUAUAAUAUACUACGAUGACUGUGUACUUUGCUGGAUUAGACUUUCACAAUUGCGUGGUCCCGUCUUCGGAAGGAAAUUCAUCUGAAAUGUUAUAUCCUCUUCCUGUAAAUAUUGGUUGUAAUUUGAAAAACACUCGUAUGAGAGUUGAUCUAAUUGUUUUUCAAAAAGUAGGAAACGUUUAUUCUUGGUUUGCCAAAGGGGAUGGUUUCCCACAAGAAUGUGAACUGUUAAGAUUCGACUUAAAGAUAUCCCAGGUUUGUCUCGCAGCAAAUAUGUUGAUUGGCUUCAGUGAGAAGACCAAUUCUUUGUAUAAAAUAGAUUUUAGUUUAAAUUAUAACUCAGAGUUUUUCUCCUGGAACCUCAAACAAGUACAACUUCCAGAUACUCUAUUUCAAGUCAAACAAAUCGCCACUAAUGAUAAAUCCGUAUUUGUGUUGGAUGACUGCAGCAAUAUUUUCGAAGUUGCUGCUGAAACUCUCAUUCUGAAAUGGCGACUAGAUGGUGAAAUAGAAAUACAAAAGCUUUCUUGUGGCUUUGGCCAUUUUACUGCACUAACUGACACUGGAGCUGUUUACUCUUGGGGUUCUGGUGGGCGACGAGAACUUGGUCAUUUUGAUCAUGAUCACGUCAUGGUCAAUUGUGAAGAACCGAAACGAAUUCAAUUUUUUGACGACCUCCCCUGCAUAGUGAAAGAUAUUUCUUGUGGUGGUUGGCACACCCUUGCUCUUACGUCUGAUGGGGACAUAUAUUCUUGGGGUUGGAAUGUAUCUGGACAAUUGGGAAUCGAUUCUCACCGUGGGGAAAAUCAGGUUUCCUCAUUCGUAGGUGGAGUACCUUACCCGGUUGAUCUUGGAUCUGCGACUGACCCUGUUGCCUAUAUCGCUAGUGGUGCAAGACAUUCUCUGGCCCUACUGAAAAGUGGAAAAUGCUAUUCUUUUGGUCUCAACUCACACGGUCAGUUAGGCGAUGGCACUUUUGACAACAAGUCCGAGCCAGUACAAGUUAAGUUUGUCGAUGAAUCAACGAAGGUUGUCAGAAUUGAAUGUGGGCGUUGGUCUAGUUUUUUAUAUUGUGAAUAAGUAUUGUAAUAAGUCAAAGCUUUGUGAAUAAUAUAUUUUUUAAUUAAAUUGCAUUUUCUCAUGAAUGAUUUUCUAUGAUAAAA